AUGUUGAAUAGAAGAAUCAAUCAUAGAGCAGUCAUUCAAUUGUUGAACAACCAACAAAGAAAUGUUAGCAAGGAUAUUUUCUACGCUGAUGCUGGUAGAAGAAAGCUCUUGGCUGGUGUUGAAAAACUCUACAAGGCUGUUGCUACCACUCUCGGUCCAAAGGGUAGAAAUGUUGUCUUGCAACAAUCAUAUGGUUCACCAAAGAUCACCAAGGAUGGUGUUACUGUUGCUAAACACAUUGAAUUGGAAGAUAAUAUGGAAAAUCUCGGUGCUCAACUCAUUAAAGAUGUUGCCUCAAAGGCCAACGAUGCUGCUGGUGAUGGUACUACCACUGCUACUGUUCUUACUUAUGGUAUCUUCUCUGAAGGUUGUAAGGCUGCUGCUUCUGGUAUGAAUCCAAUGGAUUUGAAGAGAGGUAUUGAUUUGGCUGUCAAGCAAGUUAUUGAAAGUUUAAAGAAACAAACCAAGGAAAUUACAUCAAAGGAAGAAAUUACUCAAGUUGCUACUAUUUCUGCUAACGGUGAUAGAGAUAUUGGUGAAUUGAUUGCCAAUGCUAUGGAAAAAGUUGGUCAAGAAGGUGUCAUCACUGUUGAAGAUGGUCAUACUAUGGAUAACGUUUUGGAAGUUGUUGAAGGUAUGAGAUUUGAUAGAGGAUACAUUUCUCCAUACUUUAUGACUGAAACAAAGACUCAAACUUGUGUUUUGGAAAAGCCAGUUAUUUUGGUUUAUGAUUCAAAGAUUUCAUCAAUUGUUGAUAUUAUCAAGCCAUUGCAAUAUGCCCUCAACAAUAAGAGACCAUUGUUGAUUAUUGCUGAAGAUGUUGAAGGUGAAGCUUUGAACACUUUGAUUUUGAACAGAAUCAAGGCUGGUUCUCAAGUUUGUGCUGUCAAGGCUCCAGGUUUCGGUGACAAUAGAAAGAACAAUUUGCAAGAUAUUGCUGUUUUGACUGGUGCUACUUUGGUCAGCAAGGAUUUGGGUAUGAAGAUUGAAAAUCCAGAAAUUGAAUGGUAUGGUAGUGCUGAAAAGAUUACCAUCACUAAGGAUGAAACUGUCAUUAUGAAUGGUUCUGGUGCUAAGGAAGCUAUUGCUGAAAGAUGUGACGCUAUUCGUGAACAAUUGCAAAGAGCUGAUGUUUCUUCAUUCGAAGCUGAAAAGUUCAGAGAAAGAUUAGGUAAAUUGUCUGGUGGUGUUGCCUUGUUGAAGAUUGGUGGUUCCUCAGAAGUUGAAGUUGGUGAAAAGAAGGAUCGUGUUACUGAUGCUUUGAACGCCACUAAGGCUGCUGUUGCUGAAGGUAUUGUCGCUGGUGGUGGUACUGCUUUGACUUUUGCCUCCAAGACUUUGGACAAGUUGAUUUCCGAAUUGACUGUUGAAGAUCAAAAGGUUGGUGUCAAGAUUGUUCAAAAUGCUAUCCGUAUGCCACUCAAGAUGAUUGCUCAAAAUGCUGGUUUGGAAGGUGCUGUCAUUUCUGAACGUGUUUUGGGUUAUACUGAACCAACCCAAGGUUUCGAUGCUUCUAAGGGAGUCUUUGUUAACAUGUUCGAACAAGGUAUUAUUGAUCCAACUAAGGUCGUCAAGACUGCUUUGGUCGAUGCUGCCUCUGUUGCUUCCCUCAUGACCACCACUGAAGCUAUGGUUGUUUUGACUCCAAAGAAGGACUCUGAUAUGCCACCAAUGGGCGGUAUGGGAGGUAUGGGAGGAAUGGGAGGUGGAAUGUUCUAAAUGAAUUAAAUUCUCAAACUCACAACCUAGAUUUAAAACCCUAUAGACCCCUUAAUGCGAAUUCCCUCUAAUUUUUGAUUGUUCUUACGAACUUGCCUACCCAAUAAAAUUUUGAAAACUUUCUGAA